GUUACGUGCGCGAUAUCGAGAUUAAAUAACCAUAACACGAAUAAAGCAAACAUUUCAUCUAACAAUAAUACAAGAAAAGAUUCUUUCCAAUCUAUGAAAAUAAUUGAAUUCUAUAAACAUCAUGCAGUUUAAGGUGGGGUCCACGUACCUUUCCCAAGACCUUCAAUCAGCCUAUUAUAUAUGCAGCAACCAACAAAAAAGAAAAAAGAAACAUUAUCAACAUGGCUACGCCAAAUUAAGAUCCAGCAGAAACUUACAACGCAUAAUUUUCUUCGAUUAUUCGAAAGAAAGAAAAAAAAUGUCGAAGCUCAAACUUCUUUCUAUAGCAGCACUUUUGUUUCUCUGCCACACAUUAGCUGAUGACACAGAAGAAACGAAACACCAGCACAAGAAGAAGUCGUACCUAGUUCACAUGGACAAGUCCAACAUACCUGCAAGUUUCGAAGACGAUCACACGAGCUGGUACAGCUCUUCCUUAAAAUCAGUGUCGGAAUCUGCUGACAUAAUCUACACCUACAAAAACGUCAUCCAUGGCUACUCUGUUCGACUAACUGCCGAAGAGGCAAAGUCACUCGAAGAUAAACCAGGAGUUUUGUUAAUCCAAGAAGACGUAGUAUACAAACUCCACACCACCAGAUCACCAGAAUUCCUUGGAAUUCUCAACAGUGACGCAUUACUCUUACCCGAGUCCGCCACAACUAGCAACGUGAUUAUCGGUGUGCUAGACACGGGAGUUUGGCCAGAAUCGAGCAGUUUCGAUGACAAGGGACUUGAGCCAGUCCCUAGUGGCUGGAAAGGCGAGUGUGAACUAAGCAAAACAUUCAAUUCGUCGAGCUGCAACCGCAAACUUAUUGGGGCGAGGUUUUUCUCCCAAGGCUACGAAGCGGCAUUCGGGCCGAUAGACGAGACUGUAGAAUCAAAGUCCCCAAGAGACGACGACGGGCACGGAACACACACGUCCACCACUGCAGGUGGAUCGGCCGUGGUCGGAGCGAACCUCUUCGGCUUCGCAGCGGGCACGGCACGCGGCAUGGCCAGGCAUGCCAGGCUGGCGGCAUACAAGGUGUGCUGGCGUGGGGGUUGCAUAAGCAGCGACAUUCUAGCGGCAAUGGAGAAAGCCAUCGAAGAUGGCGUCGACAUUCUCUCUCUAUCACUGGGCGGGUCCCUCUCCGAUUACUUCAGAGACACAGUAGCAAUCGGAGCAUUUGCAGCAACUGCAAAGGGCAUCCUCGUUUCUUGCUCGGCUGGAAACAGUGGGCCCAGUCCUGAAAGCUUGUCCAAUGUUGCACCGUGGAUAACGACCGUUGGAGCUGGUACGUUGGAUCGUGAAUUUCCUUCCACCGUUAGUCUUGGAAACGGGAAAAAAUUCGUCGGUGCAUCACUUUAUAAUGGGAAGCCUUUACCUGGCUCCUUAAUCCCACUCGUCUAUGCUCGCAACGCCAGCAGCGCGUCCAAUGGUAACCUCUGCCUGACGGGAAGUUUAAUCCCAGAAAAGGUGAAGGGCAAAAUUGUCAUCUGUGACAGAGGGCUUUCGCCGAGGGCAGAAAAGGGUUUGGUUGUAAGAGAAGCAGGUGGCGUUGGGGUAAUUCUUUCGAACACAUACACCUAUGGAGAAGAGCUCGUCGCCGAUGCCCAUUUUAUACCUUCGGCAGCUGUGGGCCAAACCGCGGGCGACGAAAUCAAGAAGUACGUCUCUUCUGAUCCUAAUCCAACGGCCACGAUUGCAUCUGGUGGGACCCAGUUAGGCGUCCAACCAUCACCUGUUGUGGCAUCAUUCAGUUCGAGAGGUCCGAACACAAUCACACCGGAAAUACUCAAGCCGGACUUAAUAGCACCAGGCGUUAAUAUACUCGCCGCUUGGACGGGAAACGUGGGUCCCACAGGAUUGCCUGAAGACACACGGCGAGUGGACUUCAACAUAAUAUCUGGAACUUCUAUGUCAUGCCCACAUGUCAGUGGACUAGCAGCCCUCGUUAAGGCUGCCCACCCAGAAUGGAGCCCUGCGGCUAUAAGAUCAGCACUGAUGACAACAGCUUACAGUAGAUACAAGAACGGGAAGACGAUUCAAGAUCUCGCAACUGGGAAUCCAUCUACACCGUUCUGUUAUGGCGCUGGACAUGUGGACCCCGUUUCUGCGCUAGACCCCGGUCUAGUGUACGAUGCAAGCGUAGACAACUAUGUAGACUUUCUAUGUGCAAUAAAAUACAGUUCGAGCAUGAUCAAGAUUUUGACAAAGCAAGACUAUACCUGCAAGGCGGAUAAGGAGUACAGCGUGGCGAACCUUAACUACCCGUCUUUUGCUGUCCCCUUUCAGACAGCUUCAGGUCCGAACGGUGGGAGUACUAAUGCAUCCACUGUGGUCAAACAUACGAGGACUUUAAAGAAUGUGGGCAGUCCAGCGAGUUAUAAGGCUUCAGUCUCUCAAGAGAGUGAUGCAGUCAAGAUAGCGGUUGUGCCUGAAGUGCUUGACUUCGGCAGUUCAAAUGAGGAGAAGAGUUACACUGUGACGUUCACUGCAAGUUCAAUGCCCUCAGGCACAACCAGCUUUGCUCAUUUGGAAUGGUCGGACGGAAAGCAUGUUGUUGGUAGUCCAAUUGUAAUUAGUUGGACAUAAGAAAUACGGUAGUAGAGUAAUCCUCCUAAACUCUACUGAAUGCACAUACUACCCCUAUAAAUGUAUUGCCACUUGAAUCAGAAUUGACAUCAAUAACCUAAAGAAAGACAUUUUAUACUACUACCUGUGAGGAGUCGGCAUUCUUCCUGCAUUUCUUGAUUAAUUAGUGAUCUUCUUCCGUUUACAUUUUUUUAUGUAACAGAAUUUGAUGGAUAAUAUUCCUGAAUCAAUCGAAAUCCGAAAAA